CUAAUUCCUUCAAGAAAAAGCUCAGAGCUUUGCCCAAGAACCGAGAGCUCCAAACUUGCACAAGAAUUUCCCAUAGAACCAGAAAGCACGCAUGGGCACUUUGGUGGGUCACGUCGCGCCGGGGUUCGGCUUCUUCCUCAUCGGCUUGUGGCACUUGGUCAACCACAUCAAGCUCCACGCCGCCCGGCCCCGGUCCUACAAGUCGCCGCCGUGGUUCGCCACCUCGCGGCUCAGGUACGCGGAGCUCCUCGCGAUCAUGGCCAGCUGCUGCGCGUCCGUGGCCAUGGAGCUCUUCAUCGGCCCGAGCCGCCACCAGCCGCUCGACCGGGACUGGACCAUCCCCUCCAACCACCUCCACAACUUCGAGCACUCCCUCAUCUCCAUCUCCUUCUUCACCUACGCGGCUUUCGCCGUAGUCCUCGACAGGGCCCUCACAGGGCCGAACGAGGCCAAGGCCAAGAACGGGCUGACCCAGCUGAUCGGCGCCGUCGCCUUCGGCCAGCAGCUCCUCCUCUUCCACCUCCACUCCGCCGACCACAUGGGCGUCGAGGGCCAGUACCACCUCCUCCUCCAAGCGGUCAUCGUCGUCUCCCUCGCCACCACCCUCCUCGGCAUCGGCCUCCCCAGGAGCUUCCUCAUCAGCUUCGUCCGGUCGGCGAGCAUCCUCUUCCAAGGGGUCUGGCUCGUGAUCAUGGGCUUCACGCUGUGGACCCCCGGUCUGAUCCCCAAAGGGUGCUUCUUGAACUUGGAGGAGGGUCACGACGUGGUCCGGUGCCACUCCGACGAAGCGCUUCACAGGGCCAAGUCGCUGGUCAACAUCGGGUUCGGGUGGUUCUUGAUCUUGAUCACGGCCUUCUCGGUGGGCCUCUACUUGGCGCUCGUCAAGAUUUACGGAGAGGCGGUGGAGUAUCGGUCUCUCACGAAGACGACAGACCUCGAAGAAGAAGACGACGACGACGGCGGCGGCGAGAGCGACGAUGUUGAGUCGCAGAAGAAAAUCACAUCCGGGGAGCCCAAGAGCUUCAUCGACUUGGGGAAUUCGAAAACCUUCCCACCCAUGGACAUCGAAAGGUAGAUAUGAGCAAUAAA